AUGCGGGUUUCUGGGGUGGUGACGAACGGGGAACGGGCUUUGACUCAUCUCUUUCGCAGAAAUCAACCCAGAACAUUCUCCUCUUGCUUUGUUCGCUCCCUGUCAACCAACCCUCCCACAUUCGACAGGAUGGCUUCUCUCGGCUCAGAGUGGACUUCUCAGCGAGUCCGAGAUACCUUUUUAGAUUAUUUUAAACAAAAUGGCCAUACAUUCGUCCCUUCUUCCCCCGUCGCUCCUCUAUCGGAUCCGACUCUUCUUUUCACCAAUGCGGGAAUGAACCAGUUCAAGUCCAUCUUCCUGGGCACCGUUGACGCCUCGUCGGACUUUGGAAAGAUGAAGCGCGCAACGAACUCGCAAAAGUGCCUCCGUGCCGGUGGAAAACAUAACGAUCUGGAUGAUGUUGGCAAGGAUAGCUAUCACCAUACCUUCUUUGAGAUGCUCGGCAACUGGAGUUUUGGCGACUACUUCAAGAAAGAAGCCAUUACUUAUUCGUGGACCCUGUUGACGGAAGUCUACGGGCUAGAUCCCGAUCGCCUCUACGUUACUUACUUCGAGGGCAAUGAAGCCGGUGGACUGGAACCGGAUCUGGAAGCCAAAGAACUAUGGAAAUCAGUGGGCGUUCCUGAAUCUCACAUUCUUCCUGGAGAUAUGAAAGACAACUUCUGGGAAAUGGGUGACCAAGGACCAUGUGGACCUUGUAGUGAAGUGCACUAUGAUCGGAUCGGUGGACGCAACGCUGCUCAUCUCGUCAAUGAAGACGAUCCAAAUGUGCUUGAAAUCUGGAACAACGUUUUCAUCCAAUAUAACCGCGAGCCGGAUAGCUCCUUGAGAUCCCUCCCCAACAAACACGUUGACACCGGAAUGGGCUUUGAAAGACUGGUGUCAAUUCUCCAGAACAAGUCUUCCAACUACGAUACCGAUGUCUUCACUCCGAUCUUCCAGGCUAUCCAGAAUACCACUGGGGCCCGGGAAUACCGCGGCCACUUUGGCGCCGAUGAUGCCGACGGAAUUGACACAGCCUACCGUGUUGUGGCAGACCACGUGCGGACUUUGAUGUUCGCUAUCUCGGACGGCGUCAUUCCCAACAACGAGGGCCGUGGCUAUGUGAUUCGCCGUGUCCUACGCCGAGGAGCUCGGUAUGCCCGCAAAUAUUUCCAGGUCGAUAUUGGGAAUUUCUUCGCUAAGCUAGUGCCGACUGUUGUGGAUCAAUUGGGUGACAUGUUCCCUGAACUCAAGCGCAAGCAGCAAGAUGUUAUAGAAAUCUUGGACGAGGAAGAGUUGUCAUUUGCCAAGACCUUGGAUAGAGGUGAGCGGCAAUUUGAGCAAUACGCCCAACAGGCUAAGGUCAAGGGCACCGAUAUGCUCCAUGGUGCCGAUGUGUGGAGACUGUACGACACCUUUGGCUUCCCCGUUGACCUGACUCGAAUCAUGGCCGAGGAACGUGGUCUCCGCAUUGAUGAUGUCGAAUUUGAAGAGGCUCGCUUGAAGGCGAAGGAAGCCAGCAAGGGUCAAAAGAAGGCUGCUGAGAACACAGUCAAGCUUAAUGUCCAUGACCUAGGCAAGCUGGAGAAAAUGAGCGACGUGCAAAAGACGGAUGAUUCGCCUAAAUUUGGCCGAGGUAACAUCACCGCCCACGUCAAGGCUAUCUACCACGGGAAGACUUUCCACAAUAGCACUGAUGAUGUCCCCGAGGGCGCACAGCUUGGCAUAAUUCUCGACUGUACGAACUUUUAUGCCGAACAGGGUGGCCAGGAAAAUGAUACAGGCAAGAUCAUCAUUGACGGACAAGCAGAGCUUGAAGUUGGCGAUGUACAGUCUUACGCCGGAUACGUUCUACACACCGGCUUCAUGAAAUACGGAUCAUUUACUGUCGGCAAUUCUGUCAUUUGCGAGUACGAUGAGCUCCGACGCUGGCCCAUCCGGAAUAACCAUACCGGAACCCAUAUCCUGAAUUUCGCUCUGAAGGAAAUUCUAGGCGAUGGUGUCGACCAGAAGGGUUCCCUGGUGGCCGCCGAGAAGCUGCGAUUUGACUUCUCCCACAAGAGCGCAAUCUCUGAUGCCGAGCUCGAGAAGAUCGAAGCCAAGGCGACUGAUUAUAUCCGACAGAACUGUGCUGUUUACUCCCAAGAACUUCCGCUUGCCACUGCCCAGCAAAUCUCCGGCGUUAGGGCCGUAUUCGGCGAGACUUACCCCGAUCCUGUUCGUGUUGUCUCUGUCGGUGUGGAAUUGGAGGAAAUCCUGAAGAAUGUCAAAGAUCCCCGUUGGCAGGAAGUCAGCAUUGAGUUUUGUGGUGGAACUCAUGUGCAGAAGACAGGCGAUAUCAAGGACUUGAUCAUCCUGGAGGAGAAUGGCAUUGCCAAGGGAGUUCGCCGAAUUAUUGCCGUCACUGGAGAGGAUGCGCACGAGGUGCAGAGAGUUGCCGAGGAAUUCGGGCAGCGUCUUGAUCGGCUGAAUGCAUUGCCUUUGGGCUCCGAAAAGGAACAGGAGGCUAAGCAAGUCCAGGUGGAUCUCAACCAGCUUGCAAUCUCCGCCGUCCAAAAGGCGAAGUUCCGCGAACGCUUCGCCAAGAUCAACAAGCAGGUCCUCGAUGGCCAAAAGGCCCAGCAAAAACUGGAAUCGAAGAAAGCAGUAGAGACUAUCACCUCGUACUUCGAGGCGCCCGAAAAUCAAGACAAGUCGUGGCUUGUGGUCCAGCUUCCGAUUUCUGCUAAUGCCAAGGCUGUCAGUGAAUCUCUCAAUCAUGUCAAAUCAAAAAUGCAGGGUAAAAGUGUCUAUCUCUUGGCGGCCGACUUUAAACAAGGUCGGGUUUCACACGGAUGUUACAUCUCUCAGGGACUGAGUGACCAAGGUGCUUCGGCAAGCGACUGGUCAGCCGUCGUCUCUGGCGCUGUGGGAGGAAAAGCAGGAGGAAAGGGGCCUACUUCCAUUGGUAACGGUACCAACGCUGACAAGGUCGAGGAGGCUAUCUCACUAGCUGCGGAUUAUCUGAAUAAGUUCAAGCUCUAG